CUGUCGUCACCGCGGUCACGUUUCUUUACGUUGUGUGUCGUCGCCGUUUGACGGUAUGUGGAAAGUAGCAAUGUCGGAGGAGGUUGGGAAGGCGCUACAGUCGGUAGUGGAGCGGGUGAACCAGGCGGCGGCACGGCGGCCCAAGACGCUACCGAUUGUGCCGCCUCGCCUCGUCGCCGUCAGCAAGACAAAACCUCCGGAGAUGGUCGUGGAGGCCUACAAACAAGGGCAGCGCAACUUUGGAGAAAACUAUGUUAAUGAGCUUGUGGACAAAGCUUCAGAUCCUCUGAUUUUAGAAUCAUGUCCAGAAAUCAAGUGGCAUUUCAUCGGCCAUCUACAGAAGAACAACGUCAACAAACUUUUGGGCGUGCCCAACCUGUUCCUGGUGGAGACGGUCGACUCGGCCAAACUGGCUGACAAGGUCAACAGCUCGUGGCAGCGCAUCAGAGGGGCGAGUUCGCAGAGGCUAAAGGUCAUGGUGCAGAUCAACACCAGCGGAGAGCAGAGCAAACACGGGCUUCCACCAGACGACACGGUCGACACGGUGAAGCACAUCGUGUCUCAGUGUCCAGCCCUGAUCUUCUCAGGACUCAUGACCAUCGGACGCUACGGAUACGACCUCACGCUGGGACCAAACCCAGACUUUCAGAUGCUGCUGAGUCGGAGGCAGGAGCUGUGUGACAGUCUGAAGCUGCCUCUGGAGGAGGUAGAACUCAGCAUGGGGAUGUCUACAGACUUUGAACAUGCGAUCGAGGUGGGCUCCACCAACGUGCGAGUGGGCAGCAUCAUAUUCGGCAACAGGGAGUAUCCCAACAGCGCGGCCAACACUCCAAACCCCAGUCCGGCUCCCAGUCCGGCUCCCAGCCCGGAGAAAACCUCCAAGACGGUGUCGGAAGAAGCCGCCAAGAAGAUGAAGCACCUUACCGUGUCUGAACACUAGGAAGAGCUUGUUUUCCUCUGAAAUACCUUUAAGAAAAUAUUAAUAAUAAUUUAAAAAAAUUCAAAAAUAAAAAUCUCUUCACGUGCGAGCUGAGCGGAGCAGUGAUGCAGACCACUUCCACCUCCAGCCGUGUGGAGCUGGGAUUGCUGCGUAAGUUUGGAAGAGCACUUGCCUAAUCCUCUUCACUUUUUGUGUGCCCUUCUUGCUCUUUUAAGCAUUUAAAAAGCGGCAUUCGGUACAGAGGUAGUUGAACCUUUUUUAACAGUAGUGUCUAACAGGUGUUAUUACCCUUUAGUGCUCUGACUUCCUCCUCAUGGAAACCUAUUAGUGAAGCUACAAGUCAAACACUGGCGACUUACGGAAACUUGAUUUCACAGGAGCUAGGUGAGGGUUUGUUGUGAUAUUUUCUACCUUUCCAACCCGACAUGUGACAGUGCUGAAACGUGUGUCCCACAGAUCAGGAACUCCACGCAGUACAAAUGUACCGUUUUUGUUGUACAGUUGAAGCAAAGACUUGAUUUAAUAAAUCAUUUACCCUUUAUAACGACGCAUAGUAUUGUGAUAUUGUUUCGUACGGUGUGCCAAAUGUGUCAGAAAUCUAUUCUUGAUAUUAACGAAACCCGAGAGUAAAACCCCCCAAGUUCUGUUUCCGUGUACCAGUCCUGUGUCCGUGCCGUGGUGUUUGUCGGAGAUUGAGAGUAAACCUAUGCAAAGUGGUGUUUUUGAUUUUUUUUUUUUGCACUGCAGCAGCGGUUUCCUCAAAGAUGUCACAGGGUCGGUGUGUGUUCCUGUCUCCAUGAAAAGUGCGCUGAUUUGUCGAUGAUUUAAAGAAAAAAAAAAAAGGUUGUUGUGAGGUUGUGUUCACGAGGCGUCUCAGCAUUGUUUGGUUUGGAAUCGAAGCUCUGAAGGGAAGCCAAAGCCAAGCAAUAAAUUUUACUGUUGAAAAUUUC